AUGGAAAAGCGGGCACUAGACUGUGCCUCCAGUGGGUGCCAGUUUCACUGUGCUGUGACUCAUGAUGGGCCUCUGUGCUACUGUAGCAACGGCUAUGAAGUCGCUGCAGAUGGAAAGACGUGUAAAGAUUUCAAUGAGUGCAAUGUGUACGGGACGUGCAGUCAGACGUGCACGAACACUAAUGGCUCCUACAUCUGCAGCUGUGUCGAGGGCUACCUGGUGCAGCCUGAUAACCGCUCCUGCAAAGCCAAAAAUGACCCAGUGGAUCGUCUGCCUAUGCUGCUGAUUGCUAACCUCAAUGACAUCCGCUGCACUUCUCUGAGUGGAUCCACAUCCCGGCUGCCCUCCAUUGCCACCAAGCAGACCAUGGCUAUGGACUUUAUCUAUGCCGAGGACACCGUGUGCUGGAUAGACGUCGGUGACACCCCUGCUGCCACCCAGCUGAAGUGUGCCAGCAUCCCUGACCUCAAGAGUGUCAUCAACAUCCGCACCAUCAACAUUUCCCUCAGCCUGCAUCAUGUGGAGAAGAUGGCUAUCGAUUGGCUGACCGGAAACUUCUACUUUGUGGAUGACGUGGACGACCGAGUGUUUGUCUGCAACAAGAACGGCCAGACAUGUGUGACCCUGCUGGACCAAGAGCUGUACAACCCUAAAGGCAUCGCCUUGGACCCGGCAAUGGGCAAAGUGUUCUUCACAGACUACGGGUCUACGCCCAGGGUGGAGCGCUGUGACAUGGAUGGCCAGAACCGCACAAAGCUGGUGGACACCAAGAUCGUCUUCCCUCAUGGCAUCACACUGGACCUGGUCAACCGGCUGGUGUACUGGGCUGAUGCCUACCUGGACUACAUCGAAGUGGUCGAUUACGAGGGAAAGAACCGACACACCAUCAUCCAGGGCCUGCUGAUUGAGCACCUGUACGGGCUGACUGUAUUUGAGAACUACCUGUAUGCCACUAACUCAGACGAAAGCCACCUCAACUCAAAGACCAGUGUGAUCCGAGUGAACCGCUUCAACAGCUCCGACUUCCAAGUGGUGACCCGGGUCGAUCGGGGGACCGCGCUGCACGUGUACCACCAGAGGCGCCAACCCCAAGUGCGCAGCCAUGCGUGUGCCCUGGAUCAGUUUGGGAAGGCUGGAGGUUGCUCUGAUAUCUGUCUGCUGAGCAACAGCCACAAAACCCGUACAUGCCGCUGUCGCUCUGGAUUCAGCCUGGGCAGCGAUGGAAAGUCCUGCAAGAAACCAGACCAUGAGUUGUUCUUGGUGUACGGUAAAGGUCGUCCUGGAAUCAUCAGAGGCAUGGACAUGAACGCUAAGGUGCCUGAUGAGUACAUGAUUCCCAUUGAGAACCUCAUGAACCCUCGAGCUCUGGAUUUCCACGCACUUAGUGAAUACAUCUACUUUGCUGAUGCCACCAGCUACAUUAUUGGCCGGCAGAAGAUAGAUGGCACAGAGAGAGACACUAUACUCAAAGAAGGUAUUCACACAGUAGAGGGGAUAGCAGUAGACUGGAUGGGAGGUAAUCUCUACUGGACAGAUGAUGGGCCUAAAAAGACUAUCAGCGUUGCCAGGCUGGAGAAGGCUUCUCAGACCCGCAAGACGCUCAUUGAGGGAAAGAUGAGCCAUCCUCGUGCCAUUGUGGUGGACCCCCAGAAUGGAUGGAUGUACUGGACUGACUGGGAGGAGGACCCCACAGAGAGCAACAGAGGAAAGAUCAAGAAAGCUUGGAUGGAUGGCUCACAUCACCAAGUUUUCCUGACGAGCAAGACAGUGCUGUGGCCCAAUGGCCUGAGUCUGGACAUUCCCCAGGGCAUCCUGUACUGGGUGGAUGCUUAUUACGACCGUAUUGAGUUGGUUUACCUCAACACCACCGAGAGAAAGGUGGUGUACGAGGGACAGGAGCUUAACCACGCCUUUGGAUUAUGUCAUUACAAACAAUUUCUUUUUUGGAAUGAGUACCGUGGCGGCAGCAUCUACAAACUGGACCAAGUCACUAAGACAGUCACCCUCCUCCGCAACGAGAGGCCCCCUAUCUUUGAGAUCAGAGUGUAUGAUGCACACCAGCAGCAAGGUUCCAAUAAGUGUCGAAUUAACAACGGUGGCUGCAGCAGUCUGUGCCUUGCUAUUCCCGACGGCAGGUCCUGUGGCUGUGCUGACGAUCAAAUCCUGGAUGGAGAUAAUGUCACCUGCGGAGCCAACCCCUCCUACGUGCCCCCGCCUCAGUGCCAGCCCGGGGAGUUUGCCUGCAAGAACAACCGCUGCAUCCAAGAGCGCUGGAAGUGUGACGGGGACAACGAUUGUCUGGACAACAGCGAUGAGGCCCAUGAUCUCUGCCACCAGCACACCUGCCCAGCUGACCGAUUCAAAUGCCAGAACAACCGAUGUAUCCCCCUGCGAUGGCUCUGCGAUGGAGACAAUGACUGCGGCAAUGAUGAAGAUGAAUCAAACACCACCUGCUCUGCUCGCACAUGCCCACCAAACCAGUACCCUUGUGCUAGUGGGCGCUGCAUCCCCAUUUCCUGGACAUGUGACCUGGACGACGACUGUGGAGACCGCUCAGAUGAACCAGACUCCUGUGCCUACCCAACCUGCUUCCCUCUGACUCAGUUCACCUGCGCCAAUGGCCGCUGCAUCAACAUCAACUGGCGCUGUGACAACGACAAUGACUGUGGGGAUAACAGCGAUGAAGCCGGCUGCAGCCAUUCCUGCUCAAGCGUCCAGUUUAAGUGUAACAGUGGCCGCUGCAUCCCAGAAUACUGGACCUGUGACGGCGACAAUGACUGUGGAGACUACAGUGAUGAGACUCAUGCCAACUGUACCAAUCAGGCUACCCGUCCACCAGGUGGCUGCCAUGUAGACGAGUUCCAGUGUCGGAUGGACGGCCUGUGCAUUCCCAUGCGCUGGCGCUGUGAUGGAGACACCGACUGUAUGGACCUGAGUGAUGAGAACAACUGUGAGGGUGUGACCCACAUGUGUGACCCAGCAGUCAAGUUCAGCUGCAGGGACUCUGCUCGUUGCAUCAGCAAGGCAUGGGUGUGUGAUGGUGACAGUGACUGUGAGGACAACUCUGAUGAGGACAACUGCGAGGCGUUGGCGUGCAAGUUGUCUCACCACAUGUGUGCUACCAACGACUCCAUCUGUCUGCCUGCUGAGAAGCUUUGUGACGGCACUGACGAUUGUCCGGACGGCUCUGACGAGAAACUUUGUGACUUGUGCUCACUAGACAACGGUGGCUGCAGUCACAACUGCAGCAUCAUUCCUGGGGAGGGCUUCAUGUGCUCGUGUCCCCUGGGCAUGGAGCUGGGAGCCGACAACAAGACCUGCCAGAUCCAGAGCUUCUGCGCUAAACACCUCAAGUGUAGCCAGAAGUGCGAGCAGGAGAAAUCCAGUGUCAAGUGCUCCUGCUACGAGGGCUGGGAGCUGGAGGCGGACAUGGAGAGCUGCAAAAGCACUGAUCCCUUCAAGCCUUUUAUCAUCUUCUCCAACCGCCAUGAGAUCAGAAGGAUUGAUCUUCACAAGGGGGAGUUCAGUGUGCUGGUGCCAGGGCUCAGGAACACCAUCGCUCUGGACUUUCAUCUCAACGAGAGCACUCUGUACUGGACUGAUGUCGUAGAGGACAAGAUCUACCGUGGGAAACUGUCUGAAAAUGGAGCCCUGACCAGUUUUGAGGUGGUGAUCCAGUAUGGACUGGCUACACCAGAGGGGCUGGCUGUGGACUGGAUAGCAGGAAACAUCUACUGGGUAGAGAGCAACCUGGACCAGAUAGAGGUAGCCAAACUGGAUGGGACCAUGAGAACCACCCUGCUGGCUGGGGAGGUGGAGCAUCCAAGGGCCAUCGCCCUGGACCCACGAGAUGGUAUUCUAUUUUGGACCGACUGGGAUGCCAGCCUUCCCAGGAUCGAGGCAGCGUCUAUGAGCGGAGAAGGCAGACGCACCAUCCACAGAGAAACAGGCAGCGGUGGCUGGCCCAACGGACUCACUGUUGACUACAUGGAAAGACGCAUUGUCUGGAUUGAUGCCAGGUCCGAUGCUAUCUACUCUGCUAAGUACGACGGUUCUGGACUGAUUGAAGUGUUGCGGGGUCAUGAGUAUUUGUCCCACCCCUUUGCUGUUACCAUGUAUGGAGGCGAGGUGUACUGGACCGACUGGAGGACUAACACUCUGGCCAAAGCCAACAAAUGGACUGGACACAAUGUCACUGUAGUCCAGCGAACCAACACACAGCCCUUUGACUUGCAGGUCUAUCACCCCUCCAGACAGCCCCAGGCUCCUAACCCGUGUGCCACCAGUGACGGUAAAGGCCCUUGCUCCCACCUCUGUCUCAUAAACUUCAACCAGACCUUCUCCUGUGCCUGCCCUCACCUCAUGAAGCUCCAGCCUGACAAACGCACAUGCAAAGAGUCCCGCAAGUUCCUUCUAUAUGCCCGUCAAAUUGAAAUCCGGGGUGUUGACAUCGACAACCCUUACUACAACUACAUCAUCUCCUUCACUGUGCCGGACAUAGACAACGUGACAGUUGUGGACUUUGAUGCCGUGGAGCAUCGCAUCUACUGGUCCGAUGUCCGAACGCAGACAAUCAAGAGAGCUUUCAUUAACGGCACAGGCGUAGAGACUGUUGUGACUGCUGACCUUCCUAAUGCUCACGGGCUUGCAGUAGACUGGGUGUCCAGAAACCUGUUCUGGACCAGCUAUGAUGCCAAUAAGAAGCAGAUCAAUGUGGCCAGACUCGAUGGAUCCUUCAAGAAUGCUGUCAUCCAGGGAUUAGACAAGCCCCACUGUCUUGUGGCACAUCCACUACUGGGGAAGCUGUACUGGACUGAUGGUGACAACAUAAGCAUGGCUAACAUGGAUGGCGGCAACCUAACUUUACUUUUCACUGAUCAAAAAGGACCAGUUGGCCUCUCUAUUGACUAUGAAAAAGAGCAGCUGUACUGGAUCAGCUCGGGAAACAGCACCAUCAGCCGCUGUCAGCUGGAUGGAACUAAACUGGAGAUCCUGGAAGGUGUCAAAGGAAAACUUACCAAGGCAACUGCUCUGGCUAUUAUGGGAGACAAGAUGUGGUGGGCCGACCAGGGAACUGACCAGAUAGGAACAUGUGACAAGGAGGACGGAGGGAACUGGAAGGUUUUGCGAAACAACACCUCGCCUAUGAUGCACAUGAGGAUCUACGAUGAGGAUGUACAGAAAGAGGGUAUCAACCUGUGCAGCAACAACAAUGGAGACUGCUCCCAGCUGUGUCUACCCACCUCACCAACCACCAGGGCCUGCAUGUGCACUGCAGGAUACAGCCUGAAGACCGGACAGCAGUCCUGUGAAGGCAUGGGCUCCUUCCUGCUUUACUCCGUUCACGAGGGAAUCCGAGGAAUUCCACUCGACCCGGCAGACAAAUCUGACGCCUUGGUGCCGGUGUCUGGCACCUCUCUGGCCGUCGGCAUCGACUUCCACGCUGAGAAUGACACAAUCUACUGGGUGGACAUGGGCCUGAGCACCAUCAGCAGGGCUAAGAGAGAUCAGACAUGGAGAGAAGAUGUCAUCACCAACGGCAUCGGCAGGGUGGAGGGCAUCACCGUCGACUGGAUAGCAGGGAAUAUUUACUGGACUGACCAGGGCUUUGACGUGAUCGAGGUGGCCCGGCUGAAUGGCUCCUUCCGUUAUGUCGUCAUCUCCCAGGGCCUGGACAAGCCCAGAGCCAUCACUGUUCACCCAGUCAAAGGGUAUCUGUUCUGGACUGAGUGGGGUCAGUACCCUCGGAUUGAGCGCUCCCGGUUGGAUGGCUCUGAGAGGUUGGUCCUGGUCAAUGUGAGCAUCAGUUGGCCCAAUGGGAUCUCCGUCGACUACGAGGGGGGGAUGCUGUAUUGGUGCGAUGCAAGGACAGAUAAGAUUGAGCGUAUCAACCUGGAGACUGGAGAGAACAGGGAGCUGGUGCUUGCCAACAACAACAUGGACAUGUUUGCUGUAUCCGUUUUUGAGGAAUUCAUUUAUUGGAGUGACAGGACUCAUGCUAACGGCUCCAUCAAGAGAGGCAGCAAAGACAACGCUACGGAUGCUGUGCAGCUCAGGACUGGCAUUGGUGUACAGCUGAAAGACAUAAAGGUUUUCAACAGGGCCAGGCAGCAAGGCACCAACGUCUGCAAAGAUAACGGCGGCUGUGAACAGCUGUGUCUUUUCCGUGGCAACGGGCAGCGCACCUGCGCCUGUGCUCACGGCAUGCUGGCAGAGGACAACCGUGGUUGCCGUGACUAUGACGGAUACCUGCUUUACUCGGAGCGUACCAUUCUGAAGAGCAUCCACCUCUCCGACGAAACGAACCUCAACGCACCAAUAAAGCCGUUUGAGGACCCUGACCACAUGAAAAACGUCAUCGCCCUCAGCUAUGACUAUCAUGGCGGUGGAGGGAAGGGAGCUAACCGCAUUUUCUUCAGCGACAUCCACUUUGGCAACAUCCAGCAGAUCAACGAUGAUGGCACAGACCGCAAGAUUGUUGUGGAUAAUGUAGGGUCAGUAGAGGGCCUGGCGUACCACCGUGGUUGGGAUACUCUUUACUGGACCAGUUACACAACCUCCACCAUCACUCGCCACACUGUGGACCAGAGCCGCUCUGUGGCCUAUAACCGCAACACUGUGGUCACCAUGUCUGGAGAAGACCACCCCAGAGCCUUUGUGCUGGACGAGUGUCAGGAUCUCAUGUUCUGGACCAACUGGAAUGAGCAGGCUCCAAGCAUCAUGAGGGCCUCUCUGAAUGGCGCCAAUGUGCUAGCCAUCAUCGGCUCCGACAUUAAAACUCCCAAUGGCCUGGCCAUAGAUCACCGUGCUGAGAAACUUUACUUCUCCGACGCCACACUGGACAAGAUUGAACGCUGCGAAUAUGAUGGAAGCAGCCGUUACGUCUUGUUGAAGAAUGAGCCUGUUCAUCCAUUUGGCUUGGCUGUGUAUGGAGACUACAUCUUCUGGACUGACUGGGUGAGGAGGGCCGUCCUCAGAGCUGACAAAUACACAGGAGGAGACAUGAAACUGCUGCGUGCUGACAUCCCUCAGCAGCCAAUGGGGAUCGUUGCUGUGGCUAAUGACUCCAACAGCUGUGAGUUUUCCCCUUGCCGAUCAAAUAACGGAGGUUGCCAAGAUCUAUGUCUUCCCACAUCUGAUGGACGGGUCAACUGUAGUUGCCGUGGAGACAGAACACUCCUGGAUGACAACACCUGCUCUGCUCUGAACGUGUCGUGUGGAAGUGUGGAUGACUUUGAGUGUGGAAACGGCGACUGCAUCAACUACAGCCUGACCUGCGAUGGCAUGGCUCACUGCAAGGACAAGUCUGAUGAGAAGCAGUCCUACUGUGCCAAUCGACUCUGUAAGAAAGGCUACAGACGCUGCAUUAAUGGCCGCUGCAUAGGCCACCAGUUCUGGUGUGACGGCACAGACGACUGUGGUGACCACUCAGAUGAACUACCCUGCAACAUGACCCUGUGCAAAGUAGGAGAGUUCCAGUGCAAAGAUGGAAGCUGUAUCUCCAACUUCAGUCGUUGUGACCAGGUGGUCAACUGUGAGGAUGCUAGUGAUGAAAUUAACUGCCACCAAACUGAUUGCGCCCGUUUCUUCCGCCUGGGAGUGAAAGGAGAGUCUUUCCAGAGCUGUGAGAAAACCACUCUGUGUUAUCUGUCCUCAUGGGUCUGUGACGGCAACAACGACUGUGGAGACUUUUCAGACGAGAGAAACUGUCCAGAUAAAAAGAAACUCAAAUGUCCAGUCAACUUCUUUGCGUGUCCCAGUGGUCGCUGCAUUCCUAUGAGCUGGACCUGUGAUAAAGAAAAUGACUGUGAGAACGGAGCUGAUGAGACGCACUGUGACAAGUUUUGUACAUCCACCCAGUUUGAAUGUGGGAACCACCGCUGCAUUUCCAGCCACUGGGUGUGUGACGGCGCCGAUGACUGUGGUGAUGGUUCAGAUGAGGACCAGAAAUGCAAAUCCAAGACUUGCAGUCCUGAAGCCUUCCAGUGUCCCGGCUCCCACAUGUGUGUGCCUCAGCGCUGGAAGUGUGAUGGAGACAAAGACUGUCUUGAUGGAGCUGAUGAGAGCGUCAAGGCUGGCUGCAUGUACACCAACAGCACGUGUGAUGAUAACGAGUUCAUGUGCCAGGACAGAGAGUGUAUCCCCAAGCACUUUGUGUGUGAUCACGACAUUGACUGCUCCGAUGGCUCUGAUGAAUCCCCAGAGUGUGAAUACCCAACAUGUGGUCCAGAAGAGUUCCGCUGUGCCAACGGCCGCUGCCUCAACCAGAAGAAAUGGGAGUGUGACGGAGAGUUUGACUGUCAGGACGGCUCUGAUGAAGCUCCCAAGAACCCACGCUGCACUGACUCAGAGAGGACGUGUAAUGAGUCAGCCUUCAUGUGCCGCAAUGGGAAGUGCUUGAAUGAGACUCUGCUGUGUGAUCGCAACGAUGACUGCGGAGACGGCUCUGAUGAGCUCAACUGCUUCAUCAACGAGUGUCUCAACAGCAAGCUCAGUGGCUGCUCGCAGCUCUGUGAUGACCUCAAGAUUGGCUAUAAGUGCAGGUGUCAUGCUGGUUUCCAGCUUAAGCGGGACGGCAAGUCGUGUGUGGACAUAGACGAAUGCACAACCACCUACCCCUGUUCCCAGCGCUGCAUCAACACACACGGCAGCUUCCACUGUCUUUGCGUAGAUGGCUUUGAACUCAGCCCCAAUGACCCCACCAUCUGCAAGUCCACAUCAGAGGAAGAGCCCUACUUGAUCUUUGCUAACCGCUACUACCUGAGAAAACUCAAUCUGGAUGGGUCCAACUACACCCUUAUCAAACAGGGUCUGAAUAAUGCAGUGGCACUGGACUUCCACUAUGCAGAGAAUAUGAUCUACUGGACAGACGUCACCACUCAGGGCAGCAUGAUUCGACGCAUGCUUAUGAACGGCAGCAACAUAGAGGUGUUGCACCGGACCUCUCUGAGUAACCCGGAUGGCUUGGCAGUGGAUUGGGUUGGCGGGAACCUGUACUGGUGUGACAAAGGCCGGGACACUAUUGAGGUUUCGAAACUCAAUGGCGCCUACCGGACUGUGUUGGUCAACAUUGGCCUGAAGGAACCUCGCGCUGUGGCUGUGGAUGUUCGCUAUGGGUACCUGUAUUGGUCAGACUGGGGAGAUAACCCUCACAUUGGACGAAUCGGGAUGGACGGCACCAACAGAAGCGUCAUCGUAGAGGAUAAGAUCACGUGGCCCAAUGGGCUCACCCUGGACUUCAUCAAUGACCGUAUAUACUGGGCCGAUGCCAGGGAGGACUACAUUGAGUUUGCCAGCCUGGACGGCACUAACAGACACACAGGCUUGUCUUGCAGUGAUGACCAAUGUGUGGGAUACCAACACUCUCACCCACUCUGUACAACUGUCCACUUCAUCAGCCCAACAAUGAUCCUGCUCUUCGCCAAGAGCAACAUAUAA